AUGUUUGCUCAAUUAUAUAUUAUAUAUAUAUUUUUCUUUUUGGUUUCAGCUGUUGUAGGAAUACCUGUAGAAAAUUUUCAAAAUCAGACUUUUAGCACUAAUAGUAUUAUACCUACUAGGCCUAAAUGCACUGAUCCUAUUUAUACUAAAUAUAAAAGCUCCGUUUGCGUUACAAGGAAAUCAGUGAGGGUUUCAUGUGAAUCUUAUGAUCUUCCAGGCACAGUUGUAGAUACUAAUUUUAGCUGUGGAGAAGGCGAAUCUUGUAUUGAUAUUACCUCAAAUGACGCAUUCUGUGUUGACGAAAACAGUGGUCUUGCUCAAGAAUGGGAAAACAAUCAUGUUGAUGGAAGAGUAUGUUCAGCACCUGUCUUAUUAGUGCCACCAGAUAAAUCUUUUAAACUUGUAGCUGGAAUAACAGCAUAUUCAACAACUGGGGACCCAAUACAAGUACAAUCGCUAUCAGCAAAAUAUGACGAUAAAGAUUCAGAUGAUUAUACAGAACAAAAAAAUAAAUUCAGCUUCAAUAUUAAACAAGAAAAUUUUUCUCAUUAUAUAAAAUUCUGCUUCGCUGCAGGCACUCAAGAGGAAGUACAAGCUGUAGCUUCUCUAGGAUAUGUUCUUCUCUAG